GCGGCGAGGGGCAGGAAUGGCGUCCAGUGCCAAGUCGUUCCUGGCCGACGCGGGCUAUGGAGAGCAGGAGCUGGACGCCAACUCCGCACUGAUGGAGCUGGACAAAGGCCUCAGGUCUGGGAAACUGGGGGAGCAGUGCGAAGCCGUCGUUCGUUUUCCCAGGCUCUUCCAGAAAUAUCCCUUCCCUAUUCUCAUCAAUUCGGCGUUCCUAAAGCUGGCUGAUGUCUUCAGAGUGGGGAACAACUUCUUGAGGUUGUGUGUGCUGAAAGUUACUCAACAGAGUGAGAAGCACUUGGAGAAGAUCCUAAAUGUGGAUGAAUUUGUCAAAAGAGUUUUCUCAGUAAUUCAUAGCAAUGAUCCAGUUGCUCGGGCUAUUACACUCCGGAUGUUGGGCAGCAUGGCAUCUAUUAUUCCAGAAAGGAAGAAUGCGCAUCACAGUAUUCGUCAGAGUUUGGAUUCCCAUGAUAAUGUGGAAGUGGAAGCUGCUAUAUUUGCUGCUGCCAACUUUUCUGCACAGUCUAAGGAUUUUGCUGUCGGAAUAUGUAAUAAAAUCAGUGAGAUGAUUCAAGGUUUGGCCACACCCGUGGAUUUGAAGUUGAAGUUGAUCCCUAUUCUGCAGCACAUGCAUCAUGAUGCCAGCUUGGCCUCCAGCUCCCGGCAGCUGCUCCAGCAGCUGGUGACAUCCUACCCCUCUACCAAGAUGGUCAUUGUUACUCUGCACACCUUUACUCUGCUUGCUGCUUCUUCUUUGGUUGACAUUCCUAAGCAGAUCCAACUUUUGUUGCAGUACUUGAAAAAUGACCCCAGGAAGGCUGUGAAGAGGCUUGCGAUCCAGGAUUUGAAGUUGCUGGCCAACAAGACACCACAUACAUGGAGCAGAGAAAAUAUUCAGGCACUCUGUGAAUCUGCUCUUCACACUCCUUACGACAGCUUGAAAAUGGGCAUGUUAUCUGUUCUUUCCACAUUAUCUGGGACCAUUGCCAUUAAACAAUACUUCAGCAGUGCUCCAGGAACAGCAGCUACAACUGCAAGAUCAUUUGAUUUAGUAAAACUAGCACAGGAGUGCUGUUACCAUACUAACCGUGGCAUUGCAGCUCAUGGUGUGAGAAUUCUGACUAAUAUAUCAGCCUCUUGUCAGGACAAAGAUCUUUUGCCUUUGGAGCAAGAUGCAGUUUUUGGCUUAGAAGCUCUUCUUGUUCUUUGUAGUCAAGAUGACAGUCCAGGAGCUCAAGCAACCUUAAAGAUCACGUUAACUUGUAUGGUGAAGCUGGUCAAGUGCCGUCCUCACCUGAGCCAGUCAGUGGUUGAAUCCCUGCUGACGCAGCUGCAGAGUGCCCAGGACAAUGCCAGGAUUCUCAUGUGCCACUGUUUAGCAGCUAUUGCCAUGCAGCUGCCUGUCCUAGCAGAUGGGAUCCUAGGAGACCUCAUGGACCUCUAUAAAUUGAUUGGACAAUCUGCCACAGAUAAGAAACAGGAACUUUUGGUUUCUCUUGCCACAGUGAUAUUUGUUUCCAGUCAGAAAGCUUUGUCCACAGAAAUCAAAACUGUUAUCAAACAGCAGCUUGAGAACGCCUCCAAUGGAUGGACAGCCUACAGGAUAGCCAGGCAGGCUUCCAGAAUGGGCAACCAUGACAUGGCCAGAGAACUGUAUCAAAGCCUGCUGACUCAAGUAGCUUCAGAACACUUCUACUUCUGGCUGAACAGCUUGAAGGAGUUCUCCCAUGCAGAACAGUGUCUGACAGGUUUGCAGGAAGACAACUACAGCUCAGCACUUUCUUGCAUUGCUGAAGCUUUAAAGUCCUAUCACAAAGGAAUAGCAUCGCUGACGGCUGCUAGUACUCCACUUAAUCCUCUGAGCUUUCAGUGUGGAUUUGUGAAACUCAGGAUUGACCUUCUGCAAGCUUUUUCUCAACUUAUUUGUACCUGCAACAGCCUAAAAACAAGCCCACCACCAGCUAUUGCCACAACGAUUGCUAUGACAUCAGGAAAUGAUCUCCAAAGGUGUGGACGCAUCUCUAACCAGAUGAAACACUCAAUGGAGGAAUUCCGAAACUUGGCUACACGGUAUGGAGAUCUGUAUCAGUCAUCUUUUGAUGCAGACUCUGCUACUCUAAGGAAUGUAGAACUACAACAGCAGAGCUGCCUUUUGAUUUCACAUGCAAUAGAAGCUCUGAUUUUGGAUCCAGAAUCUGCAAGUUUCCAGGAAUAUAGCUCAAAUGGAACAGCUCAUGUUGAAAGUGAAUAUGAAAGAAGAAUGAUGUCUGUAUUUAAUCAUGUACUAGAGGAGGUGGAAUCCCUCAACAGGAAGUAUGCUCCUGUGUCUUACCUGCAUACAGCUUGUCUGUGCAAUGCUGUCAUUGCCUUGUUGAAGGUGCCCCUUUCAUUUCAAAGGUACUUUUUCCAAAAGCUGCAGUCUACAAGUAUCAAACUUGCUCUAUCCCCAUCUCCAAGGAACCCAGCAGAACCUAUAGCAGUACAGAACAAUCAGCAAUUGGCCCUAAAGGUGGAAGGAGUGGUUCAGCAUGGAUCUAAACCAGGCCUUUUCCGCAAAAUCCAAUCGGUCUGUCUAAAUGUCUCUUCGGUGCUGCAGAGCAAAUCUGGACAAGACUAUAAGAUUCCUAUUGACAACAUGACCAAUGAAAUGGAGCAGAGGGUGGAACCACACAACGACUACUUCAGCACUCAGUUUCUGUUAAACUUUGUGAUACUUGGCACCCACAACAUCACAGUAGAGUCCUCUGUAAUAGAUUCAAAUGGUAUUGUCUGGAAAACUGGGCCUAAAACAACUAUUUUUGUUAAAUCUCUUGAGGAUCCGUACUCCCAGCAGGUCCGUCUCCAGCAACAGCAAGGACAGCCGCCGUCCCAGCAGCAGCAGCAAAGAACUGCAUACUCACGAUUUUAAUCCCCAGAAGUGACUGGUCAGCUGGUAUUGCAGUUUUUCUUGGAAAUUUUUUUUUUUUUUUUUGGAAGACCUACAAUUAUAACCUUCUCCUAGAAAGCCCCAGAUGCCAAUUUGUUGCUUUUUAAAUUAUCUGGGGUAAAUUUGAACUCGAUUCAGCAGAGGCAGCUGUUCAUAUUUGGAGCUGUGCUCUUACUAUAAGAACUUCUACCUGAUCUCUUAACUUCUGUUUACAAACCUGUUCCAGCAGGCUCCACAAACUGUGAUAGCAGGGGACACUUAAGAGCUUCUUUGACUGUGUACUUUCUGUGCUGUCAUUUUUUGAAGUACAUAGGUUCUAAUGUUAGGCUUACAGAACAUCAGUAAACACUUUGGCUGGUUAUACAGAACUGAGUGUAAUACCAAGGUUGUAUCUUUUAAUGUGAAGGAAUAGGCAGGAAUAUCCAGGGACUUUUAUUUCUGACAUUUCAAUAGCAGCUUCCAGUAUUUGGCUGUUGUAUGUGUAUUAUUACAAUUCAUCAGCACUACUUAAUGCAUACAUCUGGAAGAAAUUUGUAGCUCACUUCUCAUACCCAGUCAUUGAAGAGGGAGGAGACUGCUUGAGGGGUUGCUGUCUGGGGAGGUCUGCAAGAGGCAGAGUUUUACAGGUGGGAACAGUGACUGUUUCUGAGAUGAUAGAGAAAAUAUUACUACAUUGUUUUUA